AUGACCGAUCUACGCGCAUGUCUUCAAGACGAGCCUUACAAAAUCUGGUUCAUUGAAACUGCACAAGAAUGUAAAACUACUUGUGCGGAAGAAGAAAAUUGCAAAAUGGUGAAAUACAGCCCAGAGGAACGAAAAUGUUACUUCAGUUCGUCCACUAGAUUGAUGUGGAGUCGGGACGACGAUUGUAUGGUUAAAUACGACUUUUACACGAAAGGUAUGGAAGACUUUAAAUACAUAAAGUUAGAAUUUUAUGUGCUGUGCAAACUAUAGGAAACAUAGAUGAUGUGCACUCCGUUCUGCGCUGGUUCUGCGCAUCAGUUCUGCUCAUAAAGCCUAGUUCUCAUUCAUCGCAAACUGUCACCGACGAUCGGCGACGCUUAUCGCCGAUACUCGCCGAGCGCGAAUGCACGAAAGUUCUUAUACAUCGGUGAUCGUCGCAGAUGACAGCCGAUGUGUUUCGAAAUUUCCCACCAAAGGCACAAAAUGGCCCCAUUCAACGUAAAGUUCAUGAUUUCUGUCAAACUUCAGUUGAUUAUUUCCUUGCUUGUUGAGGAAAAAACAACUUUUACUCCUUUCUCAUAGAUUUUUCAAGCAGGUGGCAGUCGGCGAUGGUCGCAAGAAACAAACUUUUUUGUUUCCUGCGAUGUCAUCGCCGAUGGUCGGCGACGAUUACGGACAAUCGGCGAUGUAAUUUUUGACGUGUUCUCAUAAAUGGCAAGCGGUCGCCGACGUCGCAAAGCUCCCAUCGCCGACGGUUUCAGUGAUGAAUGAGAACUAGGCUUAACAAAGGGGACCCCAGAUAUAAACAUUGCCCAAAUUUUGCAUUUUUCGAAUUUUUUUGAAUUGGAACUUAGAGUUUAUAUUCAUUUACAAAUAUGGCGAACCAGAAAAGUGUUAGAUAUUCAGUUAGUAUAUCAUAUUUUACAAAUAUAACAGUUCAAAAUGUAAACAAAGUUCGCGCUAAAGCCAAAGGCGAGGUGAUUAUCGGGGAGUAUUCACCAAGACGAAGUCGAGGUGAACAUUUCCCGAUAAUCACCGAGUAUAUGCAUGUUUGUAAUCGUAAUCAUAGCCAACAGAAGCCUCUGCGGAGGAGAGAGUAACGGCUUAAUACGUCAAAUUUGACCAAUCAACUCGUAGAAUUUGUUAUAUUCACUUGUGCAAAAAUACUAAAUAGAAUUGGUCCGGAUACAUUAUUGUCGACAUUUCUGAAGCUGAUCUCCAGCCACCUUCAGCGUCGUAACCCCUUAUUGAAACCUAUAGGCUAGAUCAUCUGCUGGAUAUAUUUCUCAUAUAUAUAUAUAGAUGAUCCCAAACCCACUGGAAAGCCGUCAAGCAAACCACUUGAUUCAUUACCAACUGAAACUCCAGAAGAGGAUAUUGGAUCGGCUGGAAAAUCCGAAGGAGAAGAAAAUCUAGGAACGGAUUCUCCCGAUGUCGAAACAAAAUAUCCAGAGGAGCGUAUUUACACGCCAAGGGAGGGUAUAUACACGCCCUAUAUCAUACCGGCCAGGCAACUACCCGGAAAUCAGCCAACAGGGAGUUCGGUUGUCCAAAUCACCAAACAGCCAGUAGGUAAUGUGAUAAUUAUAACUUUUCUAUAUUCCAGAUUCACAAAUUUAAUUGGAUACAGUUCAUAACAUAUUCAAGUUAAAAUUUAAUUAACUACUGUCAUAUUACACCAAGUUUUGGGCUUCACAAUAGAGUUCUUGAAUCCCAAAUCCUAUCGAUCCAAAACCACUAAAUCUCUCACUACUUUGCACGUUUUCCUUAAAUAUUCCUCGUCACGCAACAGCGCAGCGACUUGAGGACCUGGAGUAGACCUAUAAUAUAUUUUAUAUUGACCUUCAUUUAGUUGUACUUGGGGAACUCUGGAUUUCUCAUCCUCGACUAUGUCUGUUAGUAUCAUAUUACGAACUUUUUUCUGACGUUAAAUCGGAAUGGCAAUGUCGAUGGCAAUGCGAGCAACAGACGAAGUGUGUGAUGGUUCAAUAUGAUUCAAACUCGGGACAAUGCUGGCUCUCUGAUGAUCGUGAAAUGACUCCCAAAGCAGGCUGUAGUAUAUUAUUCGAUUAUUACAUCAAAGGUAUUAGACAACUUGCAUCUUAGAUUAAUUUUUGAUGUAGGCAAAAAAACUAAAUUCCCGUAAAGAACUUAUUAAAAUUAGUAAAAUUGCAGUAAAAUUUGAUUAUGAAAUGUUAUAAUAUAGCCUUGUGAAGUUUGCAUAUUUUGUAUAUGUUUGUAUUACGUACGGAAAUUGUUACCAUUUUUGAGCCGCACGUAAUACGAACAUAUACAAAAUUUGGAAACUUUUACAAGGCUAUAUAAUUUCCAAGCUUUACCGCAUUUUGCAAGCAAAUUUUGUAAUUUUACUAAUUUCAUUGUGUUAUUUUUAGCUGUGGUGUUUGAUUUGCUUCACUUUCCUGUAAGUUGUCCAUUGCGCUUCUGCCUUUCCACGCAAUCCAUAUGAAGAAUAUAGACAGCUGGGUUCAGAUCGAGUAGUGCUAUCCACCCGAUGGGGAUUUUUGCAACCAUUGUAAAAACUGAUGAAACAAUAAAACUACAGAUAUGAAUCAUGCAGCCAAUCAAAACUUUAAUUUAUAAAUGCUGAAGUUUAUUCUGCGUUAUACCAAUAAACGAACUUGUUUAGAAGGUUGAAAGAAAUCACUAUCCGAUGGAUAGUGCUAUCCGCGCGCGGCGGUUUCGUACCACCGGCUCCAGCUAAACAGACGAUUGCACAAGUAACUCCGAUUGACAAUCGGCGUUGUGGUCAAAAGCGUUGCCACAAAACACACCUACCAUCAUGCCUUGAAUAGAGAUGACUGUAGCUGCAUGUCUGCUACAUCCUUCACCUUGUUGGCGAUAACGUCGUCGAUUCCUCGAAUAAUCUAAGCAAUUAAGUGGAACAAAUUCACAACUGAAUCCGUUUUCACUUUUCCAGGUCGCAAUGAAUGCGAAGGCAAACGCGGGAAAUGUCAUCGUAAUGCAGCGUGUAAGACGAGCAGAGGACACAGAAUUUGUGAGUGUGUUUACGGCUUUGAAGGAGAUGGAUGGAGUUGCAAAGGUACUUUGUUCACUAGUUGACUAUGGCAACUAAUGAACAUGUAUAUAUUAGCAUUGUAUAGCGCCAGCAUACUGACUUACAUUAGCAUACAUACAUUAAAGCCCCGUUUACACUACGCUCAAUUUUUGGUACGGCACGGAUAAAAUUGGUACCCGUACCACUUUUUUGGUUAUUGGACUAUUAGUCCAAAAACCAAAAAGUGGUACGGUACCAAAAAUUGAGCGUAGUAUAAACGGGACUUAUAGCUAAAUAGAUAGUCCAAGAACCAAAAAAAGUGGUACGGGUACCAAUUUAUCCGUGCCGUACCAAAAAUUUAGCGUAGUGUAAACGGGGCUUAAUGCUAGCAUACAUUAGCAACAUUAGCAUACAACAUUAGGUAAUGUAUUAUUUGCUAUCUUUCUUACGGAAGUACAAUCUUUGAACACGAAAUGAUAUAAAUUAUAAACCUUGUCAACGAAUUUCAUUAGGUAUUCUGUCGCUAUGUGUCCCAUCAUGCAAUAUGGUUAUUAUUCCAACACAAUGGGGAUAAGAUUGAUAGAGUAAUAUUACAAGAAAAACUGUAAUGGAAACUUUUAAAAAUUUUCAGCUCCCGGCAUUCAGGCCUAGGGUGUAAUUAUAAUCGGGGAUGAUAUUCUUUGCGGCAACGACAUAAUUUUGGGAUUUCAGUUGACUGGCAGGUAUAACCAAAAACGGCUUUUUUAAUGUAUUGAUCGAGUUUAGCGACAGUCCAAGACUCAAACUAGAUGAAUUACCGUUCAGUUUUUCUUGCUACAACCAUUCUGAUAGGAGAAAAAUCGUCCACAACUGUGUUUGAUUGCCCGUCAUUUGGAUGAAAAGUCACGUGAUUGCAAACAAAGAAUAAAGACACUUUAGAAUGGUAUAUUGAAACAUUGGGUCGUGAACGAAGCUUAAUAAUUUGGGGAUCUUAUUCAUUUGUUUAUUUUCUAUUUCAGUUUCUAUUUUUCAAUUGCGCAAAACUAAUUUUUAUCUCUCAUAUUUCAGACAUCAACGAAUGUUCUUAUUACAAAAACCUAUGUGGAAAGCAUGCUCAGUGCGUCAACAAAAUCGGCGGUUAUUCUUGCAAGUGCAAACGAGGGUUCGAACGUAAAAAUGGAAAGUGCAGAAAAGGUACGUCGCGGUGACUUACUACUAAACACUCUAUUUCACUCGCGAGUGACGCACGUUCGGCACUCAAUGCUUCUGUCUUCACAUCUUGGUGUCGAGGCCUACGGGACAAUUAGCUUCAGUGUGAACAGCAACGUAGUUUAACGAUCAGGUUAAACCCUUACAAAGCCAUGGAUGAAUUUCUCUGAAUAGUUUCAAUAAAUUUACUAGAUAAACGCAAGCGAAGAACUUACGUGCAUGCACCAUCAUCAACAUUCUAUUUUCAUUGUGUCUCGAAAAGUGUGUGAAAAACAUAUUUCCUCCUGCUCUUUCCAGUGAAAAAUAACACUUUGUUGCUUAUAGUAUAGCUGGUAUAUCAUAGUUCUAGGUUUUUUACAUUAUUUACCAAUUUUACCAUAAUAACGCAGUAAUUAACCUUCGUUUUAGGAGGAAGAUCAGUACAGAAAUCCAAGGCAGUGAACGACUUGAUUGUCCAAUGGAAACGAGAGCACAAGUAUAGUGCUGCCACUUCCGCUUACGUCACUUCCGUGUGGGUUCUUGUCUCUACAUUUCUUCUUGCUCAAGCUUUUCUUGUUUAAUGCGUCACAGGCCAUUUGGUAUAUUGUAUUUGUUCAAUAAAAUUGACCAUGUAUAUCUCAUCAGUCUGCUGUAGUACUAUAUAAUUUUGGGAGACCUCGGUUCAACCUUUGGUCGACCUCUACUCAAGGUCUUAAAAUAAUUGAGGAGAAAGUUCUACCUUUACAUUGACAUCAGAAAAUAGUUAGACUUUCGCGUCUUCUCGGAUAAGGACGUUAAAAUCGUCGGUACCUCGGAUCCCGGAUCCCCUGUUAGUUGGGAUAUCCACUCACCAAUGAGCGAGAAACUUAAUAAAUAAUACCGGUUGCAGUAAAAAUUGCCUUGCUUUAGCCUUAGCUUUUGUAAUCUCAAUUAUAAAUUAUUCAAGAAACACCCAAAAAUUCUUAUUGCUAUGGCAAUAAGUUCUUUUCUUUAAAAGUAUUUCGCUUGGUUUCUGUCAGUUCAUGCAGGGGUCCAAUCAUGAUGGGUGCUCUCAAGAUCCUUGAAAUUCAUAAAAUCAUAACAAAAGCCUUCAACAUUGAUUAAAUAAAAAAAGUUGAAAAGUUUGCUUAAUUUAAAUAUUCUAAUUGUUCUAACGUUUGUUUAACAAAUUAAUAGCUCCUCAUUUUUCAAUUAAUUACCACAUUGAUUUUAUUUUUUGACAUAAUGUAAGUCCAAUACAGCAGCUGAUGAAAUUGUAAGAAAAAUACUAACAGGCCAUUGUUAGUUCGCCUAUUCAUGUCUAAAAGCAUCUAAGACUAAGAAAACAAAGAGGCACCGUCCACCAUUUUAUAUCCCACGGUCUUCAAUAUUCUCUGCACAAAUGGCUCGCUUGUUUGGAUUGCUGUUCCUGUCGUUGUUUCUCGUCUAUCUUUCAGAAUGUGCACCUGUCAAACGCAAGGAUUUUGCAAUGGUAGGUAUUACUAUUGUGUCAUGUGUUACUAGAAUUCACUUGUAGUUUAUACGGUUUCCUUAUUAUGGCCGCAAUUUAUGAUUAAGAAGAAUUUUGAAGCAAGUCUAAGCCGGUUUAAUUUGGACUAGAGCCAUGAACGUUAGCACAGCUGACAGCUUGUGAGUUAUUCCUCCUCGACCGCGAGUGAUGUCAAUAUGACUAAUGAUUUAAAGUGCACAUGACGGCGAAUUUUUUCCUCCAUAUUUUUAUGCAUUACCGUCAAUUAAAGUACCUCUAAAAUUAUGAAGAAUGGCCUUAUUAAUUCACAGCUCAUCUUGUUUCCACUCACACGUUAUCGAGCAACAGACUGCGAUGGUAGUCUGAUAUCUCAGAAGUAAUUCAACGAAAUUGAAUGAAAUUUGGUAUAGUCCGCAGUAAGUGCACCUUAGCGAGUAAAGAUUUCAGAACGUUUACGUGGUUGUCAUAGCAACAUACUAGUUACCAGGUAUCUCUCUUCUUGUUUGAGUAAUAUCUGAAUAUACUGUAGAUAGUUUGGAACGGAAGUUUUGUUUACUUUAAUAGUUUAUAUUGACCACGGCACCUAGAAAAACAAAAAAUCUUUUCUAUUUUGUUAAAUGCAAAGAAUUAGACAAAUAGGACAGAGAAACCUGGUAACUAGUGUGUUGUUAUGACAACCAUGAACGUUCCAAUAUCUUUGCUCAGGUGCACUUUAAUAUUCACACUUAUAAACAUUCAAGUGAUAUAUAAAACACACUUAUUCACAUAUAUAUCGUGUCGUGUGCACUGAAUGAGUAAUUGAGUAUUUACCCAGGAAAGUGUUUCAUGACCAAGUUGUCCAAAUUUGGUUAUUAUAUUUAAAUAUCUAUCCAAGAAAUAGUGCUCUUAAGAUGAAUUGUCUUUCUUUCAUUAGAAAUUUCUAUUGAAGUACAAAUAUCUGCAUUACGGCAGAGCGACAGGUGCUGACAUCAGCGCAGGAAUCAAGAACUUCCAACAAUUCUUCCACCUUCCUGUCAGCGGCGUUCUUGAUGAGGCAACGGAGGAUUUGAUGAAGAAACCGCGUUGUGGAAAUGGAGAUAUGGGGCGAGGUAUUGAAGUAAUGAACUGAGGAAGCGUUUAUUAUCAGCGUGUAUAUUGUUAUGUAGCUAUAGGUAGAUACCCGAUCGGCUACGUACAUAAAUAAACAAAAUGGUGGCACAACUCGCAAGUUUAUAUAAACUACCAAUUUCCAAGUUUGUGUUAAAGUAAAGAAUGUAAAAGAGAAGAGCAAUACACAAUAGGCAACAGGUUAUGCUGCUGAAACCGUUUAAGUUGAUUCUUUUCAUUUUAAACUCGUUCGAAUUGGGCGAGCAACAUUUAAUAAAAGAAAUUACUUUCUGACUAAGAACUCAAGUUAUCAGUUGACCUCAUUGAGCAGCCCAAGUAUAAAUGUGAAAGCAAUCUUUCUCUUAUGUUUUGAACUCUCAAGGAAAACGAUUUCUGACAUCAAUACCGUGGUCAAAGAACAACCUAACAUACAAAUUCCUGAACCACGGUCAAGACUUACAUCGGACGCAAGUUGAAAAGAUCGUUGCUGAAGCCUUUGCUUUCUGGAGCCGUGUUUCUGGACUUACAUUCUCUAAGUCUAUUACAGGAAUAGCUGAUAUUAAUAUCUUGUAAGUUGAAAUAUUGUAUUCUGUAUGUUGAAUCCACAUCUACAUACAGCUGUUCCAAAAAAAGUUGUCCUUCAAAAAUCUCAAACCUUAAACUCUUAAGCGCGCAAAGUGUGAUGGGUAACUUCUUACUUAAGGCCGCAAACGUACGAAUUUUGAAUUGUGACUAUGACAAGACAGAUAAUAAGCACUUACGAUGUACAACUAGAAGUGUACUAGGAUUAUUUGCCCAAUCAAAAGCCCUAAAAAGAAGUUACCCAAUCACUCUUUGCGCGCUUAGAGUUUAAGGUUUGAGAUUUGUUGUUUUCUAAUCCAGUUAUACGGCAGCAUAAAUGAUUAAAAUAUUUUUGUGUGAUUUUAUAUGAUCUUGUUUUUAUCUCAAUAUUUGUUUUAAAGAUUUAGUCGUUAUAACCACGGUGAUCGUUAUCCCUUUGAUGGUCCGGGCGGUACUCUGGCGCAUGCGUUUUCCCCCUCUGAUGGUCGAGUACAUUUUGACGAAGAUGAGACGUAUACUCACGCGACGCCGUUUGGCAUCAAUCUACUGUGGGUAGCAGUACAUGAACUUGGUCAUGCCUUGGGCUUACGACAUACUGACAUCUUUGGUGCGAUAAUGUUUCCUUACUAUCAGGGAUAUAAGCCAGAUAUGCAGCUACACAGUGAUGAUAUUCAAGGCAUUCAGUCUUUAUAUCGUAAGCGCUCUUCAUUGCAUUUUUCUGUUAUUUAG